CAGUCUGCUCAGCAUCCGAGGGGCGGACGGGUGCGUCGCGUGAAUUACAGUUUACAUCACUUUGUAUUUGACCGCGACUCAGAAUCCACUUAUGCUGCAAGAGAUCGGAGUAAACUGUUGGAUUUUACUUUUUGUUCCUAUUUUUUUCGCAUCUUUUCAUUGCGUUGAGUCUCUCACUCAACCGUUCUGAACUGCAUUUGUUUACACACGGGUCAAAAUGCCGGCGAGUUUGGCGUAUAAAAACUAUGAUUACGACUACGACUCCAUUCAGCCCUAUUUUUACUUCGACAACGACGACGAGGAUUUCUACCAGCAGCAGCAGGGACAGACUCAGCCUCCUGCGCCCAGCGAGGACAUAUGGAAGAAAUUCGAGUUGCUGCCCACACCGCCUCUCUCGCCCAGCCGAAGACAGUCGCUCUCCACCGCCGACCAGCUGGAGAUGGUCAGCGAGUUCCUCGGAGACGACGUGGUCAACCAGAGCUUCAUCUGCGACGCGGACUACUCCCAAUCCUUCAUCAAGUCCAUCAUCAUACAGGAUUGCAUGUGGAGUGGCUUUUCCGCCGCUGCCAAGUUGGAGAAAGUGGUUUCUGAGAGACUGGCAUCCCUGCACGCUGCGAGGAAGGAGUUGAUAGCAGAUAGUACGGAUAGCAGCUCGAAUCGACUCAAUGCAAGUUAUUUGCAGGAUCUGAGCACUUCUGCAUCAGAAUGCAUCGAUCCAUCGGUGGUCUUCCCUUAUCCUCUUACUGAAUCUCCCAAAGCCAGCAAGGUUGCACCAACACCGCCCAUGCUGUUAUUGGACACUCCACCAAACAGCUCCAGCAGCAGUGGGAGUGAUUCAGAAGAUGAAGAUGAAGAAGAGGAGGAAGAUGAAGAAGAGGAGGAAAACGAAGAAGAGGAGGAAGAAAUCGAUGUGGUGACCGUGGAAAAGCGACACAAAAGGAGUGAGACCGAGGUUUCGGAAUCGAGGUACCCAAGUCCGCUGGUGUUAAAGCGCUGUCACGUCUCCACCCACCAGCACAACUAUGCUGCCCAUCCCUCCACGCGACACGACCAGCCCGCAGUCAAGAGGCUUCGAUUGGAGUCCAGCACAGUUGUCAGCAGCAGCAACAGGCACGGGAAGCAACGCAAGUGCACAAGUCCCCGAACAUCAGAUUCGGAGGACAACGAUAAACGCAGGACUCACAAUGUGUUGGAGCGUCAGCGCAGAAACGAACUCAAACUCAGCUUUUUCGCACUACGGGAUGAGAUCCCGGAGGUUGCAAAUAACGAGAAAGCCGCCAAAGUGGUGAUCCUAAAGAAAGCAACAGAGUGCAUCUACAGCAUGCAGGUGGAUGAACAGAGGCUGCUGUCCAUCAAAGAACAGCUGAGGCGAAAGAGUGAACAGUUAAAACACAGGCUGCAACAGCUGCGGAGUUCACAUUAAUGCUUCUGUCGCAAAGUGAAAAGACUUUAAGAAAUGUUUCCUUUGCCCCUGCUUUUAUAUGCAAGUUAAAGACUGUUGCUGUGUAUAGUUGUGAUGUUGCAUGUUCAAUGCAUUUUUUUUUUUUUUCUUUUGAAUAUUGUCACAGUUAAACAUUUUAAGUGGUUAAAUAAAUAAUUUGUAUUUAAGUCAUUUAUUUUUUAUUAAUAAAAUGAGAAAAUAUGGGGCUGCACAAACCCUAAAGUAAAUUUUUUUUUUUUUGUACGUUUUUGUAUAUAAUGAAUUAAUAUUUCCUAAGAAAGGUAUUUUUGGAUCUGUAUCAGCUACAUGUUCUCAUCAACCAUAUUCUGUUUCUCGAUAUGGUUUUUUCCACGUUUUCACGAUUCUUAAUCAUAAAUGCAUUUCUUUUUGAGGUUGAGUCUGGU